GAUUCCUCCAGCAAGAACUGACACUGAGGGGGUGUAACGAUGCUUGGCUUUCUGGGGUCCCUGCUAGCGCUGUCCAUAUCUGUUCCUCUUUUGAUAUUUGUGGCAGCUCCUUACAUCAGGAAGUAUGUUGCAGGGGGAGUGUGCAAGUCUACAGCCAAGUUGCAUGGGAAGGUUGUAGUGAUCACUGGGGCCAACACUGGCAUAGGGAAGGAAACUGCCAGGGACUUUGCGGGAAGAGGUGCUAGAGUCAUCCUUGCUUGCAGAGAUAUGGCAAAAGCAGAAGCAGCAGCUUGUGAAAUCCGGACCAAGACAGGAAAUCAGCAAAUUAUUGCUAUGAAGUUAGAUUUGGCAGACACCAAAUCUAUCCGAGAAUUUGCUGAGAAUUUCCUGAAAGAAGAGAAAGAACUCCAUAUCCUUAUUAAUAACGCAGGGGUUAUGAUGUGCCCCUACUCCAAGACAGCGGACGGCUUUGAGAUGCACCUGGGAGUCAACUACCUUGGACACUUCCUUUUAACAUUCCUGCUGAUAGAGCGCCUAAAGCAAUCUUCACCAGCUCGCAUAUUGAAUUUGUCCUCAUUGGCUCAUCAUGGUGGGAGAAUUCGCUUCCAUGACCUCCAGGGUGAGAAGUGCUACCAUCGGGGCCUGGCAUACUGCCACAGCAAGCUAGCUAAUAUUCUCUUUACCCGGGAGCUGGCCAAACGACUGCAAGGUACUGGUGUGACUGUAAAUGCUCUGCAUCCAGGCACAGUCGCUACUGAGCUGACCCGCCAUUCAUUUAUAUUGAAUAACCUGUGGAAGAUUAUGUCUUUCUUCGUGAAGACACCUGUAGAAGGAGCCCAGACCAGUGUGUAUUGCGCAGUGGCAGAGGAACUGGAGUCGGUCAGUGGGAAGUAUUUCAGCGACUGUACGCCAGCAUAUGUAUCGCCUCAAGGACGCAACGAUGAAACGGCAAAGCAGCUCUGGAAUGUCAGCUGUGAACUCUUAGGCAUCCAGUGGGACUGAAUUAUGGAUAAACCUUGGGCAGAAUCCAGUGCUGUCCAGCUAUUAGCGGAGCUGAUCUCCGCUUCUGGUUCGCAUACGGCCAGGCCCUACCACUUGUGGAACUACAAUUUAGUACUUCCAGAGGCAAGCCCCCGAACAAGCGGAAAUGCUUGCUUCUGGACGGGGGCAGCCAGCAGGUGUGCCAUAUAGAAACUCCGCUCUCCUGCUCCCUUCCAGAAACAAGGGUUUCCACUUUUUUAAGCUUGCCUCCAGAAGUGCUAAAUCGCUCUUCCCCAAGUGGUAGGGUCCAUAGGCAGAUCGGAAUUGGCCGGGCUGUCCGUGCUCACAAGGGAAGCAUUGGAUUCUGCCUCUAUCUGUAGCUGUACAUUCCUGGAGAGUUGUUUCCUAGGAAAACAAAUGUUGGUAAAUCUAAAGGCCAGACAUCUCACGCUCACUUGAUGCAAACUAAUUCAAAAUGCACUUGACUAAGACCUUCAAGAGAUAUAUUCAAGGCUGCUUCCAUAUGUAUUUCAUACAUACAACACUGUCUGGAUUACUUGUUUCUAAUAUGGGAAUAGACACCUUAAUCUUCUUUACUUCAUGCACUGGUGGAAGCAGAAGCUUACAUCACUUGUCAGAUAUAUGUAUCUGACCAAGAUUUAUACAUAUAUUAUUGUCACUUUCAUGAUCAGGGUGUAUAACUGCAUCUGUUUUCUUUGACUGGAAGCUUCAGUUUAGCAUUAGUACUGGACUUUCUCAGAACAUUUGACUAAAUAAAAAUAUUGAAAGCUUA